CUAAGGUCCCGAGUCAUAUUUCGUGAUUACAAACUGAAUCCCUCAUCCUUCUGUCAUCUAUAUAAAGUCUAUACAUACUUCCAUAAUACCCCGUUGAGCGUCUUACUUUGAUAUCGCCAAGCACCGAAUCCUCCUCACCGCCCUGAACACCACCAUAGGACGGGCCGGACUAAUCAAUUUACGACCCCGCACCCAACCCCGCAUUACUACUCCUGUACAUCGAACAAUGGCGACCAAGGAUUUAAUACCUGAGACUAGGGUUCUCACCAUAGCAAGCCAUGUCACCUAUGGAUAUGUCGGGAACACGAUGGCAGCCUUCGUGCUGCAAGCGCUGGGCUGUGAAGCCUCCGCCAUAAACACCGUGAACUUCAGCAACCAUACUGGAUAUCGACAGGUUAAAGGCACGAAAGCGACAGCGGCUGAUAUCGAAGAUUUAUACACAGGGCUUAAGAACUCGGGACUCGAUGACUUUGAUAUGAUGCUCUCGGGAUACAUACCCGGCAGGGAGGCGGUGGAAGUGGUUGGCACCAUCGCGCGGGAGUUGAAGACCAAGGCGGCUGAGAAGCCGGGGAGUUUCUUCUGGGUGCUCGAUCCGGUGAUGGGGGAUAAUGGGAAAUUAUAUGUUGCCGAGGAUGUCGUGUCGGCGUAUAAGAAGUUGGUGUAUGACGCGGAUUUGAUCAUGCCGAAUCAGUUUGAAGCAGAGUCUCUCUCCGGCAUCAGAAUCACAGACGUGGAAUCCCUAAAGAAAGCCAUCACCUCCAUGCACGAAAUCUACAAAGUCCCACACAUCCUCAUAACAUCCGUCAACCUCAGCGCGCCAGGCGAAGUCCCCUCUCUCUCGGUGGUAGGCAGCACGAAAACCUCCCUGGAUAAGCCGCGCAUCUUUCGCGCCCAAGUCCCUUCACUCGACUGCUUCUUCUGCGGCACGGGCGACAUGCUCGCUGCGCUUAUGGUUGUAAGGCUGCGUGAGGCAGUAUGUGCUGUUGAAGGGCUCGGACAGAAGGAGUCGUGGGUGAGUGGCGAUGAGGUGUCUGAGAUUGAAUUGCCGUUGGCGAGGGCUGUUGAAAGGGCGCUCGCGAGUAUGCAGGAGGUGCUGGCGCGGUCGCUGGUGAAGAGGGAUGAGGAGAUUGCGGCGUGGGAGGCGAAACAUGCGGUUAGUGGAGCUGGGGAUGGUGUUGAUGUUGAGAAGACGAGGCAUUUGAUGAGGACUAAGGCGGCGGAGGUGAGGCUUGUGAGGAACCUGGAGUGUUUGAAGCAUCCGGAGGUGAAGUAUCAGGCAGAGAAGAUUGAUAUUGUCGGGAAUUUGCCGAUUGGUGCGGUAUGAAGGGAGGUUUGGGGAGUAUACGAGAACACAGGUAGAGACCAGAACCGCACACCAUAACCACGGUUUAGAGCUAGAAACAGGAUUGGGAGUACUAAACAGAGACGAGCAAGAGAUAAUAAGGGACAGGUAGUUGAACCUAAUCUG